AUGUCCCCCUUUUCCUUCCGUCGCCCUUGCGAUAUCCCUUCCCCCUCCCGUCGCCUGUCCGCUCCCCCCGCCCUCGCCUUCGUGCUCUCUCUCCCGUCGCCUUCGUGCUCUCCCUCCCGUCGGCUUCACGCCCUCCCUCCCGUCUCCUUCGCGCUCUCCCUCCCGUUGCAUGAACCCCCGUCCCUCCCUUCGCCUUCGCGCUCUCUCUCCCGUCGCCUGUCCGCUCCUUCUCCCCUCGCCUUCGUGCUCUCUCUCCCGUCGCCUUCGUGCUCUCCCUCCCGUCGGCUUCGCGCCCUCCCUCCCGUCUCCUUUGCGCUCUCCCUCCCGUUGCCUGUCCGCCCUCCCUCCCGUCUCCUUCGCGCUCUCCCUCCCGUUGCCUGUCCGCCCUCCCUCCCGUCUCCUUCGCGCUCUCCCUCCCGUUGCCUGUCCGCCCUCCCUUCCUUCGCCUUCGCGCUCUCUCUCCCGUCGCCUGUCCGCUCCCCCUCCCCUCGCCUUCGCGCUCUCCCUCCCGUCGGCGCCCUCCCUCCCGUCUCCUUCGCGCUCUCCCUCCCGUUGCCUGUCCGCCCUCCCUACCUUCGCCUUCGCGCUCUCUCUCCCGUCGCCUGUCCGCUCUCCCUCCCAUCGCCUUAUCGCUCUCCCUCCCGUCGCCUUUCUCCUUCCCCACUUCAUCUCCUAUCGCUCACGUCCUCCCCUCCCAUCGGCAUCGCGCUCACGUUCCGCCCUCCCGUCACCAUCGCGCUCACGUGCACCUGUCUUCGCAUCGCCUUCGCGCUCAUGGCCUUCCCUCCGAUCACUCGCCUACGCGAUCUACUCCAUUUUCCGUCGCCCGCGAUCUCCCCCAUUGUACGGUAA